AGGAGGAGGAGCGGGAGCGGGAGGAGCGGGAGGAGGAGCGGGAGGAGGAGGAGAGGAGGCCGGCAGCCCGGCAGCGCCGCGCGCCCAGCCCGCUCGCAUGCGAGUCACGUCCGCCCCCUCGGCGCGCCCGCCCUGGGACGCCGGCCCGCCAGCGAUGAGAACAGACGUCAAAGUGCCUUAUGAAUAUUGAUGCGGAGGCUAGGCUGCUGUCGUAGAGAAGCAGAAGGAAGCAAGAUGGCUGCCCUUUAGGAUUUGUUAGAAGGACCGACCGCGAGCGCCGGAUCGCUGCGAGGCUGCGGGACAGACGAGGCUGGCCAACAUUCAGCAGCAGACCCUCUCAAGACUGUCCAUUGCCCUUGCUCCUGUCCAGUGACCACGCUUGGAAGCAGGAGAUGGGCCCAGCAGCAGCCGACAGGUCAUGAUCCAGCAGGAGCAGUGAGGGACAGAGCAGCUGAAUUCACUCAGAGGGCAGCCUUGUGGAUGGCCCCGAAGCAAGCCUGAUGGAACAGGACAGAACCAACCAUGUUGAGGGCAGCAGACUGAGUCCAUUCCUGACACCAUCUCCGUCUCCCAUUGGCCAGACGGGACCUCUGGCUAUAAAGCUCCAGAAUGGAAGCCCGUUAACCGAGAGACCCUACCCAGAAGUAAAUGGAGACACCAAGUGGCAGUCUUUCAAAAGUUGUUAUGGAAUACCCCCUAUGAAAGGAAGCCAGAAUAAUCGAGUGAGUCCAGACUUUAUACAAGAAGGUAGAGGGUAUUCCAAGUGUUUGCAAAAUGGCGGAAUAAAACGCACAGUUAGUGAGCCUUCUCUCUCUGGGCUCCAUCAGAACAAGAAAUUGAAACAAGACCAACAGGCCAAUGGAGAAAGAACGAACUUCGGGGAAAGCCAAGAAAGAAAUCCAGGCAAAGGCAGCAGUCAACCAAAUGUCUCCAAUUCGAGUGAUAAGAAAGAAUCUGUGAGCUCUGUAGCCCAAGAAAAUGCAGUUAAAGAUAUCUCCAGUUUUUCAACACGUAACUGCAGUGGGUCUGAAAAUCCAGAGCUUCAGAUUCUGAAUGAGCAGGAGGGGAAAAAUGCUAACUACCAUGACAAGAACAUUGUAUUACUUCUUAAAAACAAGGCAGUGCUAAUACCUAAUGGUGCUACAGUUUCUGCCUCUUCCAUGGAAAACACACAUGGUGAACUCCUGGAAAAAACACUGUCUCAAUAUUAUCCAGAUUGUGUUUCCAUUGCGGUGCAGAAAACCACAUCUCACAUACAUGCCAUUAACAGUCAGCCUACUAAUGAGUUGUCCUGUGAGAUCACUCAUCCAUUGCAUACCUCAGGGCAGAUCAAUUUCCCACAGACCUCGAACUCUGAGCUGCCCCCAGAGCCAGCCACAGCGACAACUGAGGCCUGUGAUGCUGAUAAUGCCAGUAAACCAGCUGCAGUGCUAGGUACCUGUUACCUUCAGAAACCAGAACAGCAAAAAUCAGUUUUUGAGAUAUGCUCAUCUCUUGCAGAAAAUGGUAACAUCCAAGGAACCACAAAGCUAGUAUCUGGUGAAGAAUUCUGUUCAGGUUCCAGCAGCAAUUUGCAGCCUCCUGGUGGCAGCUCUGAACGGUAUUUAAAGCAAAAUGAAAUGAAUGGUGCUUACUUCAAGCAAAGCUCAGUGUUCACUAAGGAUUCCUUUUCUGCCACUACCACACCACCACCAUCAAGAUUGCUUCUUUCUCCCCCUCCUCCUCUUCCACAGGUUCCUCAGCCUCCUUCAGGAGGAAAGAGCACUCUGAGUGAUGGAGUUCUGGAAGAGCACCGUCGCUACCCCAACCAAAGUAACACAGCUCUUCUAAGGGAAGUGGAAAUAGAGGGUCAAAGCGAGGCACCACCAUCCCAGAGUCCUAAUCCAUCUACACAUGUCCCCAGCCCCUCUCUGAUGCUUCCAGAAAGGCCUCAGAAUAAUUGUGUUAACAAGAAUGACAUACGGACUCCAGGGACAAUGACUGUUCCAUUGUGUUCUGAGAAAACAAGGUGUCACCCACCAGCUCUUGGUAGCAGUGGAGAUCCACAGAACCACUGCCAGCAGUUGAUGGGGCACAAAGAGCGAGAGCUUCUGAAGGGUGGAGACAAGGAACAAACACGAGGUCUCGUGCUCCCGACACAGCCCUAUCUGAAACCAGGAUGGAUUGAAUUGAAGGCCCCUCACUUUCAUAAAGCAGAAUCCCAUCCAAAAUGUCACGAGGCAUCACUGCGGUCAAUUCUUCAGUCUCAGUCCAGCCCAUCCCAUCAAAUAACCUCCAAACAAUACACUGGAAAUUCCAACAUGCCUGGGGGGCUCUCAGGGCAAGCCUACAUCCAGAAAAUAAUGCAGCCGGAGCAGAGGCCACAAAGGUACCAAGUUGAGAUGAAUCAAGGGCCCUCUCAAGGUACAGUGGGCCAGCAUCUCCUGUUCCAAAAACCCUCACCCCGGGUGCACUUCUUCAAGACAGACCCUUCACCUGAAGCUCCGGUGCAGUCACUGUGCGCCCCUAGAUUUCACUUCCAACAAAGACCAGAUCCCCAAACUGAGAAACUCAUGUCCCCAACAUCAAAACAGCACUUGAAUCAACAGGCUUCAGAGACUGAGCCAUUCUCAAACUCACACCUUUUGCACCAGAAGCCUCAUAAGCAGGCAGCACAAACACAACCAUCCCAGAAUUCAUAUCUCUCCCAAAAUCAGCAGCAGCAGCAGAAAUUACAAAUCAAGAACAAAGAACAAGGGCCUCAGACUUUUCCUCGUCCCCAAGGCAACAGUGAUCAGCAAGGAGAAGGAUCAUUCUUUAGCCAGAUUAAAGUGGAAGAAUGUUUUCGUGGUGAAAAUCAGUAUUUGAAAUCAAGUGAGUGUCAGACUCACGAUACCCAAAUGGGACUGGAACAAGUACAGAAUAUAAAUAGUAGAAAUUCCCCCUAUGGUCAGAUCUUGAAAUCAAAUGUAAGCAAAGUGCACAUUUCUUGUUCGAACAAUAUACACCUAGUUCCGGAGAAUAAAGAACAGUCUAUAAAUUCUGAGCUCUUUGCAGGAAACAAGACUCAAAACUUGCAGCACAUGCAAUAUUUUCCAAAUAAUGUGACCGCAAAGCAGGACAUUCUUCAGAGGUGCUUUCGAGAACAAGAGCAGAAGCCUCAAGAAGCUUCAGUUCUACAGGGAUAUAAAAGUAGAAGCCAAGACGCGUCUGGCCAACAAGCUUCACAGCUCGCUCGGCAGAGGCGCCUGGUGCAAAACCAAGCAAACGCUUUUCCUGCGCCUGACCAGGGAGGACGGCGCAUUCAGGCCCCUCCCCAGAAGGACUUUCAAAAGCACGCUGCUCUAAGGUGGCACCUCUUACAGAAGCAAGAACAGCAGCAAACACAACACCCCCAAACUGAGUCUUGCCAUAGUCAGACGCACAGGCCAAUGAAGAUUGAACCUGGAUCCAAGCCCCAUGCCUGUAUGCGCCCCGUGUCAGCACAGCCGGAAAACAAAACGUGGACAAAGCUAACUAAGCAAGAGAUUCCACCUCCAAGCUGUGAUAAUGUGCAGCAGAGGAGCAUCCUUGAGACCAUGGAGCAACAUCUGAAGCAGUUUCAGGUCAAAUCACUAUUUGACCAUAAGGCGCUUACUCUCAAAUCACAGAAGCAAGUAAAAGUUGAAAUGUCAGGGCCAGUCACGGUGUUAACUAGACAAACCACUGCAGCAGAACUUGAUAGUCACACCCCAGCUGUAGAGCAGCAGGCAGCUCCUUCAGAAAAGACACCAACCAAGAGAACAGCUGGCUCUGUUCUCAAUAAUUUUUUAGAGUCACCUUCCAAAUUACUAGAUACUCCUAUAAAAAAUUUAUUGGAUACACCUGUCAAGACUCAGUAUGAUUUCCCAUCAUGCAGAUGUGUAGAGCAAAUUAUUGAAAAAGAUGAAGGUCCUUUUUAUACCCAUCUAGGAGCAGGUCCUAAUGUGGCAGCUAUUAGAGAAAUCAUGGAAGAAAGGUUUGGACAGAAGGGUAAAGCUAUUAGGAUUGAGAGAGUCAUCUAUACUGGGAAAGAAGGGAAAAGUUCUCAGGGAUGUCCGAUUGCUAAAUGGGUGGUCCGCAGAAGCUGCAGUGAGGAGAAGCUGCUGUGUCUGGUGCGGGAGCGAGCUGGCCACACCUGUGAGGCUGCGGUGAUCGUGAUCCUCAUCCUGGUGUGGGAGGGCAUCCCGCUGUCCCUGGCUGACAAGCUGUACUCGGAGCUCACGGAGACGCUGAGGAAGUACGGCACGCUCACCAACCGUCGGUGCGCCCUGAACGAAGAGAGAACCUGUGCCUGUCAAGGGCUGGACCCCGACACCUGCGGUGCCUCCUUCUCCUUUGGUUGUUCGUGGAGCAUGUACUACAAUGGAUGUAAGUUUGCCAGAAGCAAGAUCCCAAGAAAAUUUAAGCUGCUUGGGGAUGACCCAAAAGAGGAGGAGAAACUGGAGUCUCAUUUACAAAACUUGUCCACUCUUAUGGCACCAACGUACAAGAAACUUGCACCUGAUGCAUAUAAUAAUCAGAUUGAAUAUGAACACAGAGCACCCGAGUGCCGUCUGGGUCUGAAAGAAGGCCGUCCAUUCUCAGGGGUCACCGCCUGUUUGGACUUCUGUGCUCACGCCCACAGAGACUUGCACAACAUGCAGAAUGGCAGCACCUUGGUGUGCACCCUCACAAGAGAAGACAAUCGAGAAAUUGGAGGGAAGCCCGAGGAUGAGCAGCUCCACGUUCUGCCUCUCUACAAAGUCUCUGACGUGGAUGAGUUUGGGAGUGUAGACGCUCAGGAGGAGAAAAAGCGAAAUGGUGCCAUUCAGGUACUGAGUUCUUUCCGGCGGAAAGUCAGGAUGUUAGCAGAGCCAGUCAAGACGUGCCGACAAAAGAAACUGGAAGCCAAGAAAGCCGCGGCUGAGAAGCUGUCCUCCCUGGAGAACAGCGCAAAUAAGAGCGAGAAGGAAAAGCCAGCCUUGUCUCGUGCAAAACAGACUGAAAAUGGAAGCCAGGCUAAACAGUUGGCAGAACUUCUGCGACUUUCAGGACCAGUCGUGCAGCAGUCUCAGCAGCCCCCGCCCCAGUCCCAACCCCAACAACUACAGAAGCAGCCUCCGCAGCCGCAGAAGCAGCCCCCACAGCCCCCACCGCCACAGCCCCCACAGCCGCAGCGACCCCAGCAGCCGCCGCAUCACCCCUUGACCAGCGACCCUCAGUCAGAGGCUGUCAACUCUUACUCUUCUGGAUCCUCCAAUCUAUAUAUGAGACGGUCCCAUCCAGCUAGUCCUUAUCCAGGCUCUUCGCACACCUCAGAUAUUUAUGGAGGUGCCAGCCCUCUCAGCCUCUAUUCCACCUCCUCCCAAGCUACAGGUUCAUAUUUGAAUUCUUCUAAUCCCAUGAACCCCUACCCUGGGCUGUUGAAUCAGAAUAACCAGUAUCCAUCAUAUCAGUGCAAUGGGAAUGUAUCAGUGGACGCCUGCUCCCCAUAUCUGGGUUCCUAUUCUCCCCAGUCUCAGCCCAUGGAUCUAUAUAGGUAUCCAAACCAAGACCCUCUCUCAAAGCUAAAUCUACCACCCAUCCAUACACUUUACCAGCCGAGGUUGGGAAAUAGCCAGAGUUUUCCUUCUCAGUACUUAGGUUACGGAAACCAAAGCAUGCAGGGAGGAGCCUUCAGCAGCUGUACAAUUAGAGCAAACACACACCAUGCAGGGACGUUCCCUCCUUAUUCCACUCAUGAGAUGGAUGGCCACUUCAUGGGAGCCACUGCUAGACUGCCACCCAAUUUGAGCAAUACAAACAUAGACUAUAAAAAUGGUGAACAUCACCCAUCUUCUCACAUAAUCCACAACUAUGGUGCAGUGCCGGGUUUGUUCGACAGCUCUCUUCACGCCCUGUGUCUCCAGAACCAGGAGAAUGACAUGCUUUCCCACACAGCUAAUGGGUUGUCUAAGUUGCUUCCAGCUCUUAACCAUGAUAGGACUGCGUCUGUCCAAGAAGGCUUACACAAGUUACAGGAUGACGGCAGUCAGGAAAAGCACCCUUCUGCCGCCGAGGACAAUGAGGAGGUCUGGUCAGACAGUGAGCAGAGCUUUCUGGACCCUGACAUUGGGGGCGUGGCUGUGGCUCCAACUCACGGGUCAAUUCUCAUCGAGUGUGCAAAGCGCGAGCUUCAUGCCACAACCCCUUUAAAGAACCCCAACAGGAAUCACCCCACCAGGAUCUCGCUUGUCUUUUACCAGCAUAAGAGCAUGAAUGAGCCGAAACAUGGCUUGGCGCUCUGGGAAGCCAAAAUGGCUGAAAAAGCCCGUGAGAAAGAGGAAGAGUGUGAAAAGUACGGCCCAGACUACGUGCCUCAGAAAACCCAUGGCAAAAAAGUGAAACGGGAGCCCCCUGAGCCACAUGAAUCUUCCGAGCCCACUUACCUGCGCUUCAUCAAGUCCCUUGCUGAGAGGACCAUGUCCGUGACCACAGACUCCACAGUGACUACAUCUCCGUAUGCCUUCACUCGGGUCACAGGGCCUUACAACAGAUACAUAUGAUGUUGCCCCUUGGGGUGGUUACCUCAUGUGAAAAGACCACAACCAACCUGUCCGUAGUGUAGUUCUCAUGACCUGGGCGGUGGGGAAAGGACAUGGUAUUCAUGACAAAUGUGGUGGGAAGAACCUCAGCUCACCAGCAAAAAAAGAGGCCAUCUCACCAUAGCACUUAAUUUCCACUGACGCCUAAGUGGUCACAGAUGGCGUCUAGGCAAAAGACCAAAGCAUUCUAUGCCAGAAGGAGGUGGGGAAGAAGGUGUUGCACAAUUUACAUUUUUAAACACUGGUUCUAUUAUCUGACAAGAUGAUGUGUAAAGGUGACUUUUUUCCCCUUACAACACCACACAUCUGUGACCACUUUUAAUAAUACCAAGUUUGCAUAGUCAUGGAACACAAAUCAAACAAGUACUGUAGUAUUACAGUGGCAGGAAUUUUAAAAUACCAUCUGGUGCUGAACAUAUGAUGUACUGAAAUACUGGAAUUAUGGCUUUUUAAUAUGCAGUUUUUACUGUAAUCUUAAUAUUAACUUUUAUUUAUCAAAAUAGCUACAGUAAACAUAAAUGAAUAGACAGUAAAACACUGAAUUUGUUUGGAUGUUCUAAGAAAUGGUGCUAAGAAAAUGGUGUCUUUACAGUUGAAAAUUUAAUGCCUUUAUAUCAUCAAGAUGCUAUCAGUGUACUGCAGUGCCCUUGAAUAAUAGGGUACCUUUUCAUUCAAGUUUUUAUCAUAAUUACCUAUUCUUACACAAGCUGAAUUUUUAAAAUGUGGACAUUGUAAAGGCCUCUGGAUUUUGCUCAUCCAGUGCAGUCCUUUUAGGACAAGAAACGUAUCUAUGUACAUAUCUACACACGCAUAUGUAUAUGUGUACACACAUGUAUAUAUGGAUAUUUUAAAUGGUGUUUUAGAAGCACUUUGUCUACCUAAGCUUGGACAACUUGAACAAUGCUAAGGUACUGAGACGUUUAAAAAGAAGUUUACUUUCAUUUUAGAAUGCAAAGUUGAUUUUUUUUAAGGAAACAAGGAAAGCUUUUAAAAUAUUUUUGCUUUUGGCCAUGCAUCUACUGAUGAGCAAUGUGUCCAUUUUUAAUACAACCAGUUACAUCCAAAAUGGGGCUUACUGGAUCCAAGGGAAUACAUCAGUCCACAAAACACACGUUCUCUGGUGCUCAUCUCACAUGCUAUACUGUAAAACAGUUUUAUACAAAAUUGUAUGACAAGUUCAUUGCUCAGAUAUGUAGAGGUUUAAGAAUUUUCUCUUAACUGCAGGUAAUAAUUAACUGCAUGCUGCAGACGCAACAAAGCUAGUUCACUUCAGCCCAUGCUAUUUUUUGGCUCUGUAUGCUCUUCAGCGAACUGAACGGCAGUCUGCCUUUGUGUUGAUAAUUGUACAUUGUGAUGUUGGCAUUUCUUAGCUUAAAUGUCCUCUUUACCAGGAAGAUUGAGCAGACGGAUGCCUGCAUAAGAUGAAUAAACAGGGUUAGUUCCAUGUGAAUCUAUUAAAAAAAAAAAGGCAGCUGGUUUGCUGUGGUGGUUUUAAAUCAUUAAUUUGUAUAAAGAAGAAGUGAAAGAGAUGUACAGUAAGUAAAUUAAAUUGUAAACGAAACUUUUGUAACGCAAUGCUUUAGUAUUUUAGUACUGUAAAAAUUUUAAAUAUAUAUAUAAAUAUAUAUAUAUGGAUUUGAAGCAGAAUUCACAUCAUGAUGGUGCUACUCAGCCUGCUACAAAGAUAUCGUAAUGUGAGCUAGGAAUGCGUAAAGGUUUGAGUGACGUUCCUACUUGCCAUAUACCUCAACACUAGUGUGGCAAUAGGACGUUGAGCUGGGGGUGAAAGCUUACAGCAUUGUGUACCAUCAUUCUUUCCAAGUCUCUUUUUAUUAUUAAAAAAGCAUACCUUUUCAAUACUUGAUUUCUUAGCAAGUAUAACUUGAACUUCGACCUUUUUGUUCUAAGAAUUCAGGGAUAUUUCAGCUCAUGUUCUCCUUAUGCCAACGUGUCACCUGUGUUUAUGUAAAAUUGUUGUAGGUUAAUAAAUAUAUUCUUUUUCAGGGAUUUAACCCUUUUAUUUUGAAUCCCUCCUAUUUUACUUGUAUAUGUCCUGAUGUAACUAAAACUAAUUUUGUAAAUCUGUUGGCUAUUUUUAUUGUAAAGAAAAGCAUUUUAAAAGUUUGGGGGGAUCUUUUGACUGUUUCAAGCAGGAAAAAAAUUCCAUGAAAAUAGAAUGCACUGAGUUGAUAAAGGGAAAACUGUAAGGCAGGAGUUUGGCAAGUGGCUGUUGGCUAGAGUCUUUCAGCUCUCUAAAUAAAGAUGUUUUCAUCCUGUAAUCAGAUCCCUGAGAACGUCGCUACAUGUGAAGACACUUAGGGGUAUGGUGUGCAGUCGGCUGCACAGUUCCUUUCUGGUCUAAGUACAGUUUUGCUUACUAACAUUUCAGAUUCUUAAUCGCAGGAGGCCUCUGAGUUUUAUUGGUCAAAUCUUUAUAACAUGGCUUUUGUCUUUUAGAAAAAUUUCCCCAAUUUUUGGCUAUGACCAGUUUAAACAUUUCAAAAAUUUGUGCUUUCCAUACAUCAAACCACAUGAUUUUAAUAUUUUGCAUAUACCAUCUAUCUGACCCCAAAUAUUUGAUUACUACAUGCACAUUUGUUGGCUCUGAGCCAGCCAUCCCUAUAUGAGUAUUUGACUUCUAUUUCAUCCACAGUCAUUUGUCAAACUGCUGGCCAACAAGAGAAGGAAGUGGUUUGGGGGUUGGGGAGAGCUUAGUUAGGGAAGAGGAGAGGAGAUUGAGUGGCAUAUUGUAAAUAUCAGAUCUAUAAUUGUAAAUAUCAAACCUGCCUCAGUUAGAAUGAAUGGAAAGCAGAUCUCCAAUUUGCUUACAUAGGAAUAUCAGGUUGACUCUAUAGCCAUACUUGAAAAUGCUUCUGAGUGGUGUCAACUUUACUUGAAUGAAUUUUUCAUCGUGAUUGACGCACAGUGGUAUACAGUUCACUUCUAAAGCUAGUAGUUAACUUGUGUAGGAAACUUCUGCAGUUUGACACUAAGAUAAUGAACUCUGUGUGCAUUUUUCUAUGCUUUUUUUUAAAACUUAGUUUCAUUUCAUUUUCAUGAGACGUUUGGGUUGUCUGUAAAAUCUGAGGAUGGUUAUAAAUACUGUAAGUAUUGUAAUGUUAUGAAUGCAGGUUAUUUGAAAGCGUUUAUUAUUAUAUCAUUCCUGAUAACGCUAUGUGAGUGUUUUUAAUAAAAUUUAUAUUUAUUUAAUGCACUCUAA